UCGCUCUUGCGAAUUCUCUCGUCCCAUUAAAAAUGUCGGACUCUCCGAUGCCACCGAAUCCACACGUGUUCCUCGACGUGAGAAUUGGUGAAGAAUUCGUGGGCCGCAUUGUGAUUGAACUUUUCCGGCAAAUUCAACCACAGACUGCGGAGAACUUUCGAGCCUUGUGCACUGGAGAAAAAGGAUUGGGAGUCAGCAAAGUGCCUCUUCACUACAAGGGAUGCAAGUUUCACAAAAUUAUGCCAAAAUUCAUGGUCCAAGGUGGGGACAUCACGCAUGGAGAUGGAAGCGGAGGAGAAAGCAUCUACGGCCGCUUUUUCCCUGAUGAAGACCUUUCGCUAAAGCAUGACCGUCCAGGACUAGUGGGCAUGGCCAACAGUGGGCCGAACACAAACGGCUCGCAGUUUUAUAUUGUGACAGUGCCCACACCCCACCUUGAUGGCAAGCACAUCAUCUUUGGCCAGGUUAUCAAAGGCAUGGGUGUGGUCUCGGUGCUUGAGUAUGUUCGCACCAACGACAGUGACACACCUGUUGAAGAAUGCAUAAUUGAGAACUGCGGUGAAAUACCCCCUGGUGGUGACUUCGGAAUUUGUGAGCGGGACAACACUGAGGAUGUCUUUCCUCCUUUCCCCGAUGACUCGGACCUCGACUUCAGCAAUAUUGAGCACAUAAUGUGUGUGGCUGAAAAAAUCCGACAGUCGGGUAACCGCUACUUCCGGAAAGAAGACUACGUGUCAGCAAAUGCCAAGUACAAAAAAGCUUUGAGGUAUCUCAACAGGUUACACGAGGUGAACGAGCUCUCCAAAGAGCAGGAGAGCAAGAUUGCCAGCGUGGUGCUGCCUUGCAUUCUUAACAGCGCUGCAUCUAAGCUGAAGUUGAAGAGGUACCACCAGGCUUUGGAUGACUGCGAUGAGGCCCUUGACCUCGAACCAAGACACCCCAAGGCACUCUUCCGGAGGGGUCAGGCCUUCCAUGGCAUGCGGGACUAUGAGAAAAGCAUGGCGAACUUGCAACAAGCACUGUCUCUUUCCCCCAACAAUAAAGCAAUACUUUCGGAGAUUGCAGCUGUCAAAGGUGAAAUGCAAGCCUACAAGGCAAAGGAGCGCAAGGCCUAUGCAAAACUUUUCAACUGAGCUCUUGGAAUGGCGUCCUUCAUCCACAUAGUUUACCAGUUUCACUUUCAUGCUGCUGUGCCCCUUAGAGCUUGGACAGCUCUUCCACAUCGGUAGCAGUGGUGCACAGCUUAACAAGCUUCGUGCACUCUUCACCUGAAGGCGACACCAGUGGGCUGUGGCCGGUUGCUUUGAUUAGCUCAAACCUACAAGUUCGAGCUAAUCAGCUUGCUCGAUGCAACGGGGUUGCUGUCAACGUCCCCCUGUGUUUGUCGAGAGGCACUUACAAUGGCAGCCAAUUUCCUUUGUUGCAAGUUAGGGCGCAGUGAUCGUAGCUCCCAACCUGUAUCGAGUGAUCACUAAGCUGCCUUCCAAGAACACAUCAGAGACAGCUGGAAGGUUGCACAAUGUUACCGUUUGGUGUCGUAACGCGCAACUAGUGAAUCCUGUUUUAUCUAGUUUUUGUGCCAACAGGGCCUAUAGCGGAUGAAUUUCGAGGAAUGCUGGCAUUCGGUACAGCUUCUGAAGGAGUGCACAAGAGCGGCCAAGGACAGUAUUCUGAAAAGGUUGCGUACUUAACUGUUCAACUGCAGUCUUUGUACAAUUUUUAACAAGAAAGGCUAAACAAUUUCAGCAGACUUGUACAAUACCUGAUGUGGCACUUCGUGGUGUGAAGCAUUUCUGUUCAUAGAUAUGAAGUGCAUUUGCGUGGCCAAUAAGUAGGGGUGUGCGAAUACCGAAUAGUAAGUCUCGAAUCGAAUACCGAAUCUAAUUAAGAAAAAAAAGCCGAAUAUCGAAUUGAAUAUUGAAUAACAAGUUUAUUUAAAAGAAGCACGAAUCUUUACAAAUUCUCAUGCAAAAAAAGCAGCUGUUGUACGUGAUCUGAGGUCAACUUCUCCCUCCGGGCCGUGAAUGUUACCAGCCGUCGAAAACAACUUUUCGCUUGGUACACUUGUUGCGGGAAUGCCCAUGUAUUUCAUGGCCAUCUUGCACAAUCCUGGGAAGCGCUGCUUGCGUGUUUCUUUCCAGAAUGCUAGAGGGUCUUGGUCCUUGCUGCAAGUGGGCUCUCGAAGGUACCGCUUAAACUCCUCGAUGUUGGCUGUUUUGGUGGAGUGUCUUCUUUCUGAUGACGCUGCCAGCUUCUCAAUGCUGUCCCAGAUACUGCUGAUACGCUUCUUGUGAGCUGUAGAUGCCAAUGCUUCGACACAGUCACUUGAUUCUUCUUCUGGAGGGAGCUGCAACUCAGUUCUUGCAUGCUCCAAUAGCCUUGUUUCCUGGAAUGUUUCAGUACAGAAGAGGUUCUUAAACCUUGGGUCACAGGCGGCUGCCAGCACAUACUCCUUUUGCUCGUCCUGCCCUGGAAACCUUGUCCUCAUGCUUUUCAGCAAAUUUCUAGCAAACUCUGAGGUGUCAUCAUCGGCUGCAAUACAGUCUUUCAGAACCGUCUGUGUUCCAUGCAAAAACGGUACCACUGACGACAAAGUUGCAUAUUUGUGGCCACUAAGAUCUUUGGUCCCCAAUACGAUUGGUUCAAGAGCUUUGACUAGUCCAGUCACAGCUUUCCACUCCUGUGGUGCCAGGUUGGGCACGGUUGUCUCAGAAGUGGCCAGCUCCACACAGAUGGCUUCCUUCAGCUGCACAAGACGAGAGAGCAUAUCGUGCUCACUAUUCCACCUUGUUUCCACACCUUGAAUAAGUUCCAGAACUGAGAGCUCCAUUUGUCGCUUGCAGUCCUUCAGUCUUGCCGCAGCUUGGGCACUGUGUUUUUAAUGGCCAACAAUUUCGCGACACUUCUUGAGAAUGGCAGGCACUCCUGCUGUUUCUUCCUCGGCAUCUUUUAUAGCUAGUUGCAGUGUAUGGCCCAUACACUGCAUUGGGACGCAAGAAAUACCCGUAAGGGCCGCGCGAAAGUUUCUUGCAUUGUCCAUCACCACGUAGACUGGCAGUUUCUGCAGUGGCAGCUCCCAGUUAUCCAUCAUUGCUUGCAGGUGCUCCAGGAUGUUGCAAGCAGUGUGGCUCUCGGUCACGCUCCGGUUUUCUAACGCAAAGCUUCUCAUCUCGACGUUGAAGGUUAGUGGCAGGUGAGGCUGAUAUAGCUCUCGUUAGACCUCGACGUCCACAUGUCACUUGUCAACAAGAUUGACUCUACGCCUUCCUGGAAGUCCGCGUGCAUUCUCUCCUUCAUAGCCAUGACUGUCUCGGUACAACUCCGGGAUGAUUGUCCUUGAAAACGUAGUGCGGCUGGGUAUCUUGUACAAAGGCUCCAUGUGGUUCAUCAGCUCUUUGAAACCCCGAUUUUCGACACAGCUGUAAGGCUGGAGGUCGAGCGCCAGCAUUUGGGCAAUCCUUGUGGUUAUCGCCGUUCUCUCGCCCUGCGAUAGGUCCUUGCCCGACUUCAACGCAUUUUUGAUGAGCGGCUGUGCUCCGUCUGGUCGUCCUUGCUUACCACUGUCUCUCAUGAACACACUAUGUAAAGAAAAAUGCUUGUUCGUGAGAUGAUUUGCAAGUGGCGUCGUGGUACUCGAUGGCAUGCGAAGUUUCAUGUCACAGCUUUUGCACGUUGCCUCUUGGGCCAAGUUCUUUACAAAAUGUUUCCAAAUGGCACUUUUCAUUCGUUCACUCAUGUCGCACCUGACCAGUAGGACUGUCGGACGACGUUUUCCGGCAGCUCGCGCGAAUACAAUUCAGUAGCAGGACACGUCGGCGUGGUUUCCAAUUACGAGGGACUUGGUGGUUUCGGAUUGCCCGGAGCAAUGACGCAAAUGGCCAAAUGGCGCAGAGCCAGCGGUUGGAUUGGAUUGGAUUUGUCGCCCCACCCUUUGUAAUGGGUGGGCAUCAACCGAUACCCUGGCCUAGAGGACUAAACAAAGAAAUUAAAUUUAGAGAUGAAAAGGUUAAAAAGCGCACGCAGGAGUGGUUACACACGCGUUAACUAAACACCACUGACUAUGAAUAUGUUCACGAGAAAAGCUUCGACGAGUCAGCGGAGAAGUUAAACAAGCGCCACCUCUAUCCCGUUUGCGAAAGUAGGGUGGCUCUGCGGCCGAGAGGUGGCGCUAGUGCCGCGCGGCCAGCUGAGUGGUGGACAACUGUACGCCGAACUUGGGACCUAGGCUGUUGUGUGCGCGUCUCCUGCCUUUGUCGUGUGCGGGUUUUGGUUCUGUUUUUUUUUUCUUUUUUGAGGCCACGACACUGAGCGUGUUCCCUUUUGCAAAGGGGCAGGCCACUACUACAUCAUCAUCAUCAUCAUCGGCCGUGCAGCGACGCGACGCAACCAAUGCUGCAUGCCAGUAAUGUUCUCUGUGGCGGCCGUGGUGUGUGGUUUUGCGGUUCGUAAUGGCGCGCUUUCGCUUUGUGCUCGCGAAUUGCAGUCUGCGAUUCCUCCCAAGUGUAUCUACAACUGUUGCAUGUGUAGGAAUAGUGCAGCCUGUGCGAGUGGCGCAAACAAAAGGCUGUCUUGGUUGAGUUUCGCGGCUCGGCUGUGUCACGGCCACAAUUUAAUCUGCGUGCUCUCAGGUUCGUGACAUUCAAACUUUGUGUAGUUUUGAACAGACUGUGCAGCCUCAAAGUAUUGUAUGUGUUUCACCCGCCAACCAAACAGACUCGCUGAAUAUAUCAAAUAUUCGAGUAACCGAAUACUUCAUAUUCAAUUCGCGAAUCGAACUAUUCGACAAGUUGGAAUUCGAUCCGUAUUCGUAUAUUCGAGUAUACGCACACCCCUACCAAUAAGAAUACAGCUGCAUUGUAUAUCAGGUAAAUUAUUUUCACCUAAUGCAAAUGCAGCAUAGCACAACAGCUCCUGGUGCACGUAUUGUGUGUAGGCUGUGCAAGCAACUUCACUCUGCAACUGCCACAUUGAAAAAUAAUCAAUUAAUUAAUCAUGCUGGAAAGCCAGCUAGCAAUACUGUAACAUUCAUAGAACAACUGAUAUCACUCUUUGCUGUUGCUAGCUGCAGCAGUAAGAUGUUUUGUACCUUGGGUAUCACUUGUGCUGCAUUUGUAUUGGCAAUAGUUCUUUUUAAAAGCUGGUUUGUAUUUUUCGUACAAGUUCUUGCACACAAGUGGUGCAGUGGAGAAUGUACAGACGGGUCCACUGUUAAAGGGAACACUUGCGUGCAGGGCAUGUUCAGAUUACGCUCUCUUGCAAAAGCACAGUGGCUUAGAUUUGCAUAAGACUACUGGUGGUUGACAGUUGCGACUCCUUUUGACAGAACAUUGCCAUGUACGAACGAAGUUUCCCCAUCCACUUGCCGUAAGGGGCCAGCAAUAUGAAGGGUGCUCAUUCAAGUGUUCCCUUUAACAGUGGACUGUACUGUACAUUUUAGCACAAGUUGUAUGGUAAGGUCUUUGCUGAUGCUGUGUGCCAAGUUAGAGUACAGCUGUCUUACAGUCACAGGACAGGGGGUUGUUGGACAUUGUGGAAAGAACAGUCACCAACUUGCACGUUUUUGCUUUAUGUAUUAUAAGGCAUUGCCCGCAUAUCUUCUAAAUGAAGGACCCUGUUUGUAGUUUUGAACAGUGACAAACUUGCCUUCGCGGUAUCUUAGGUCUGCAAUGUGGCAGUGCUCUGAGAUGGCCAGACAUAAAAGUUAACAAAAGUUGUCCAGUCACUUAGAUCACUUCUCCAUAUAUUUGUUUCACAUUUGUUUCACAGUGCUUUCUUUUUUCCCGCCCACUUGCAACACAUUACAUAGCUUUCUAGAAGCUGUACACAAAAGCAUGUACAUACUUGUCAUGGGUGCCAUGUGUGCUUGUCGGCCCAUUUCUGUAUAUACAAUAAUACAAUGUGACGAUGGGUUCUUGUACUGAAGAGGUGUCUGGAGCAUUGUCUCUAUUAGUGUUGACUGUAUGAAUGAGUCCUGUAAAAAUACACGGCUGUGAAUUA